GCUGUUUUUGUCGUCGCUGCUAGAACCUCCAUACUACGUACGGCUGCGACCCUCCGUUUUCGCGUGAACCGCCCCCGUUCGCUGCCCGUCGCCAUUCGUUAAUAAACCUGCAACGGCCUGGCCUCGGAAGGGCCAGGUUAGGUAGGAAAAGUGUCGGAUCGAUAGGAGACGGAGAGAGAGAGAGUGAGACAGACACACCGAGACAGAACCCAGCGAGAGCCGCCACCGAACAUGCACGCAAGUAGGAUUACGUCAGGCUUGGGCCGCCGUCGCCGGACAAUCUCCAAUGCCAGCGCCAGUAGGUGACGUAUUUCUGCCCGCUAACCCCGUCCUAUCUCCAAACACCACCACCUCCCCUCCGCGGCGUAGAUAUGGCUACUGGUUUGCCUACCGUUAUUUUCUGCUAGCAUGCCCUUGUAUUUGCUUGAUUCUACCCUCUUAUUUCGCCCCGCUGUAUCCCCUUCUCUGCCGUCCGGCUACCCGGCUGCUCGCUUGCUAACCCUUGCCGGCGGCAUAACCCAGGCAGCGGAUCGUCCAUGGACGGCCUCGACGACGACGGCACUACGGUCAUCGAGCCUGAUCAGGGCAAUGUGCUAACCCACAUCAUCUCCCAACUGCGGCCCGGCGCCGACCUAAGCCGAGUUGUCUUGCCCACCUUCAUCCUCGAGCCGCGGAGCAUGCUGGAGCGGAUCACCAAUUUCAUGUGCCACCCCGAGCUGCUCCUCUGCAUCCCUGACAUAGAAGACCCCGUCGAGCGCUUCGUCUCCGUCGUCAAAUUCUACCUCAGCGGUUGGCAUAUUAGGCCGCCGGGCGUCAAGAAACCUCUGAAUCCGAUUCUCGGCGAGGUAUUCUCUUGCUACUGGGAUCUACCCGACAACACUCGCGCCUACUACAUAUCCGAACAGACGUCGCAUCAUCCCCCAAAGUCGAGCUACUUCUACAUGGCCCCCGACCACCAUAUUCGCAUAGACGGUACCCUGAAGCCUAGGAGUAGAUUCUUGGGAAACUCGGCUGCGAGUCUAAUGGAAGGGAUCGCCGUGCUUACCUUGACGAAUAGGGGCAAGGAUCGCAAGGAGGGAGAGAAGUACUGGCUCACGCAGCCGAACAUGUAUGCCAGAGGGAUAUUAUUUGGUGCUAUGAAGUACGAAUUGGGGGACCGCAGCGUUGUGCGGUGUCCCGAACUUGGUCUCACGGCCGAAAUCGACUUCAAGACCAAAGGAUGGGUUAGCGGGACGUAUAACGCCAUCGGUGGUACGAUAAAGGACGACCGUACCGGGCAGGCGCUCUUCGAAAUUUCCGGCCUGUGGAGCGAGGAAAUGUCUAUCAAGGACAUAAGGACUGGGCGCAAGGAUACGUUUUUCGACGCCCGAAAAGCGAGGCCCUCGAGGCCGCGUGUCCGGCCGCUGGCAGAACAAGACGAGCGAGAAUCUCAAAGGCUAUGGAAGGAGACGGCGCGCGCUGUCAAGGAUAAGAAUCACGAGUUAGCGACCGCGGAAAAAACCAAGGUCGAGGACCAGCAGAGAGAAGAGGCGGCGGGCAGAACGGCAGCGGGUGUGGAAUGGCAUCCUCGACUAUUCAGGAGAGUAGAUCAGGACUACGGCAGCGCAAGUGAAGAUAUGGAACACCUAGAAUGGAUCAUCAACGCGCACAUCGAUGGCCCGACGCCGCACAAGCAAGCUGAACAAAUCAUGGCCAUCUACCCAAUAUUACCGGGACAGGUAACUAGCGACUUUAACAUGAUCCCACACAGCCCAUCCGCCAGCCAUCCCCACCCGGCCCAAGACCUCCCGUUAAGCGGCAGUCAGGGAGAUCUGAUCGACUUCGGCCAGAACGAAGAUACCGUCGCAGGUGCCGAGCCACAGGCUAAGAGCAACGGCAACGCGUCUACCGACACCUCGAGCGCGUUACAGCCGACGAGCCAUGGCCAAGAGAGCAACUCCCUGAUCGACUUCACGAGCGAUAUGAAGAAGAGCCUGCCACCGACCCAGCUGCGGCCGAGCCCGGAGAUAAGGCGAGGGGAAACAGCGGAGAGUCGUGAGCGCUUCUUCGACGCUGAAGGAUGAUGCGCGAAAAAAAAAAUAACAUUCUGAAUUCCCGUCAUCGUAGCCUUAUCUAUACGUCACCUAUACGGCCUCUUUCCGAGUCUAGCGCGCUAUCGGGGAGAACUCAAGCGAUCUCCUGUUACCGACGCCAUUUAGCCCAGGAACAAACGGGACGGGGGCUGUAUACUGGUUAGGACGAGGGUAAGGGCUCGAAGAUGGGCCAGUGAUCCGAUCUUGGGAUAAAUACGACAU